AUGUCACACUUAGCGCUCCCCUCCUCGGCCCGAGCAUCUCCCGCCCCAUCAGCAGCUUCCUCGCCGAAACGAACGGGCAAGAAACGUCGCUUGGACAGAGUAUUGUUGGACGAAGAUGACGAUGUGGACGAAAACGAUUUGAUAGCUGUACCGAGGGCUAGGAGAAGAUUGAAUGAGGAGUAUGAUGAGGAGGACGACGAGGAAUAUCACGAGCAAGAACAGGAAGGUGAACAGGAUCAGGAACAAGAAGGUGAAGGUGAAGGUGAAGGGGGUCAGGAGGUACCUAGAACAUCCAAAAGGACGGAUAAAGAUAUCUCGGAAGGGUUGAAAUUGAAAAUGGAGAGGCAGAAAGAGAGGGAGAGAGAAAAGGAGAUUGAUAUGAAAGGGAAGAAAAGAAGAGCAGAAACAUUCCUUCUGCGCGAUCAGCUGGAUGCCGAACAGGCCAAACGAUUCGAUACGUUCUCAACUGUCGCUCUCAACAAGAACGCAAUCAAGAGGCUCAACAGAGAAUUAUACGAUCAACAUGCUUCACCCCAGAUAUCAAUGGUAGUAGCGGGUAUGGCAAAGAUAUUCAUAGCUGAUGUGAUUGAGCUGGCCAAAGAUCUUCAACCCCAUUCAGCGCAUCCCACAGGACCUUUACAACCCUACCACCUCAAAUUAGCAAGAAUGCAUUUGGAAGAAUCGGGUUUGCUGGCUGAUCGAAAACAAGCAAAGAAAACUAUAUUCAGAAGAAGAUAA